CCCGUAGCGGGGAGUGCCCCAGCGCUCGUGAUGAGGACAAGGCAGGCAGUGGCCCUCCGUGGGAGGAAUCUGUCUCCCUUGACCCUGCUGCUGACGAGGAUGGGGGCACAAAACAGAGAGGACAAAUGUGCUGCCCCAAGUUCAUUAGCUCCCUGGAGAAAUGGCUUCACGUACACGUGCUGUUGUGGAGGCACUGCCACCAUCUUUUCCUGCCGAUACAAAGAUGAACAAAGACCAACCAAAUGAGAAAGACCGAGGCCAUCCACUCAGAAUUUGCUAGAGCGAGGGGGACAGCCACCGUCGCUGCCUCGCAGCAGAGCCUCAAAGGCAGGCAGAGGAGUAGAGGGGAGCCUACGGGGAACAUGGGGAGGCUUAUGGGCCUGCCCAGAUGGGAGCCUGGGGCCUGGAGAACCUGGAGGUGGGCUAACUAGAAGUGGGUGUCUAUGUGACUGUUCGGGAGGACGUACGUGGCUCUCUCUGGUUGGUCCUAAGUUGGAAGCAGGGACAAAAAUCAGGGACGCUGUCAGUGAUUAAUCGAGUCCUGGCCAUUUGGGGCCAGUUGUUACGGAGGCUGUUGAUUGGCUGGCUGGACCGUCACAAGAGACAGCAGGUUGCCCCCCCUGGGCUGGUGACUGUGGAGGACGGCUUGGUUUCCUGGCAGGUGGCUGCGGGUUGUGGAUCAGAGUUUGAUUUUUAAAUAUGGGUCGGCCUUAUCCGUUGGUAUAUUCCGUCUCUCACCGAGGGCAGCACGUCGUCCUCAGGGGGUUGCCCCAAGCAGCGUUCUUAGGAUGAGACCAGCUGCUUCCCUGACGUUCUUAGGUGCCCACGCAGGUGUCUGCUUCCCACAGGAUUUUGGCAGGGAGUGGUGGUGCCUGUUUUUUGCGGGGCAGUUGUGGCCAGAAUGUAACUCUCUGCUGAAAUUUGUUAGCCUCCAGGGUUGUCUUUCAGAGCUGAAGCCAAAGGAACAUUUGGGGCCAGAAGAAAACAGGAGCCAAGUUGCCCUGAAGAUCAUGAACUUGUCUUCUGACCACUGCAACAUAUCGGAUUGGCUGAGGCUGGAAGCAACAGUGAAGGCCUCUGUGUAUGUGGUGGCCUUCUUCUUUGCCACAUUCGUCACCGUCGUCAUCAUCACAAUAGUGUUACAGAAUUCGAAGCUGAGGAAAGAGGUCCGACACAUCCUCCUGUGCCAUCAUCUGCUAUGCAUCUCCUCCUACUGUGGCCUCGGGGUGGUUUUCCAAGGGAUGCGGGCUCUGCUGGCCAACAGCCCCGUGCUGGUGUGCUGGGUGGUAUUUGGGGUCCAGCUAAGUGUUGGAGAAGGGAUCCUCUUUACGCUGGCCUUGAUGGCGGUCAACACUUACCUGGCUGUUUGCUGGCCUUUGAAAUCUCUGUCCUUUGUAGAUUCGGUUAAGUACAGGAUCUUGGCUGCGUCUUGGAUAAUCAUUAUAUUCAAGAAUGUUUGCUUAUUCCUCAUAGAAAGCGCUAACCCCCCUCGAGUUGCUGUUUUUAAAUCUGAACCCCUGUGCCCUGUGAUCUUGAAUGGCCCUCCUGCCAGAGCCGUUGGCAUGGUUUUCCUUUUCUUUCUUCUGUCCAUCAUUCUUACAAGUUACUUUCUGAUCUACCGAGAAGGCAAACGGGCUGGCCAUUUUAAUAGAUCAAAUAUCAAAGCAAAAAAAACAGUCCUUAUUCAUUUAGUGCAGAUGAGUUUGCAUGUAAUACCAAUCCUGAUAUUCAUAGGUUUGGGAAAGAUGUGUGGGGUGUUUUUCUUUGCUUUAAACCUGGUACUUUUUGGAGUCUUUGCAUUUGCACAGUGUCUUAACCCCCUGAUCUAUGGGCUCUGGAACAGAGAGCUGCAAAGCGGAUUAUACCACUGGAUGUGCUGUCAGCUGUGGUGUGGUCACAUUAUGAACGACAGAGAGCCAGUUUAAUCUGGAACUCAGCCACUUGGAAUCAAUGACUCUAGCCCUAGCGGACCAUCAGCCAGGCUUGAGGACUUGCCUUUUACGCAACCUAAAAUUGGUGCCUUGGUUUGAUUCUGGAAGCGAUAGGAGUAAGUCAGAGCUAUUCAUCUGGCUUGCAAACUUCGUUGCUGUGUGCGCUGAACUGGCCUCACGGAAAUCGUUUUAUAUCUUUAAUUCUAAACCCAGAUCAACAUUUUUGGCGGCAUGCCCUACUGUGUUUCAGUAGUCAGGCAGCUUUUGAGAACGCACUUGUUUUUAGAAAUGGAGAAAUAGUCCAUGGUUGAUAGGAAGAGAAGUUUGGCUGUUCCUCAAUUAGGGAUAGGCUUCGCUGCAUGUAGUAACAAAGCAGAAACCAAAUAACAGUGAUUUUGUAAAGUUUGAGAUUUUUUUUUCUGAUGUAAAAGAAAUCUGGAGGUAGACAAUGCAGUCUUAUAUCACAGCUCUGCAAGCAACAGGUUCAUUCUGUUCUACUCUGACAUGCUUAUUAUGCUACCUCAUGGCCCAAAAUGGCUGUUAAUGUUCCUGUCAUCAUGUUCAUGCUCCAGCCAACAGGAAGGAGUAAGGGGCAAAGGAAGGUCUAUACUCUCUUUUUUUUUAAAAAAAAAUUUUCAAUGUUUAUUUGUUUUUGAGACAGAGAGAGAGAGAGAGAGAGAGCA